AUGGGAACAUAUGAUGAUGCCCAAGAUGAAGGUUAUGAGGAAUCUGAUGGUGGAGACUCAUGGCACUCAGAAGAACUGAAGACUCCUCCAAACUCUGAGGAUGAAUUGGAGGAGGUUGAUUCGGAUGAGGUUUUUCCCGUGUUCAGAGAUGAAGGUAGGUUUGGGGAGCUUAGCCUUGUUGUUGGAAUGACAUUUACUACAAAGAUGGAAUUCAAAGAGGCUGUGUGUGAAUAUUGUAUACAGGAGGGUCGAAGGAUUUGGUUUAAAAAGAAUGAUAAUAUCAAGAUGUUCAAUGAUGAUCACAGUUGUGCAAGGGAAACCAAAAAUAGAUUGGCUAAUAGGAAGUGGCUGGCCGAAAAAUUGGUGAAGAAGCUACGAAAAUAUCCUAACUUAAGACACUGUAAGGUUGCUCAGUAUUUUAAGACAAAAUGUGACUUGGAACUAAGCAAGUGUUCACUGACUUGGGCCUUAGGAGAUGCUAGGGCUGUUGUGUAUGGUGAUGCUGCUGCCCAGUAUGGGAUGGUAAGGGAUUAUGGGCUGACACUGCUUAGGAGUAACCCAGGCUCUACUGUCACAGUUGGAGUUAUCCCUCAGCCCAACCCUGAUGAUGAACCAAUAUUUGAAAAGAUACCGCUCAUAGGCUUGGAUGGAGCUUUUCUGAAGACCCAGCAUGGUGGCCAGAUCUUGUCUGCAAUUGGACAAGAUGCAAACAAUCACAUAUAUGUGAUUGCAUAUGCAAUUGUCCUUGUUGAAAAUACUGAAAACUGGAGGUGGUUCUUGGAAUUACUUCAUCAAGACUUGGGAAAUUAUAAGCAAAACAAGCUCUGUUUCAUUUCAGAUAUGCAGAAGGCUGCUCUGGCUAUUCUGUGGAAAGAUCUCCAGCUAAGAGGGUUGCUAUGGGAGUGUGCAAGGUGCACCAGCCAAGAUGGGUUCCUAGAGAGUAUAAAAAAGAUUGAGAGGGUUAACAAGGAAGCUUGUGAGUAUUUGAACAAGUGGCCUAGAGACUCUUGGAGCCGGGCUUUCUUCAGCAACGCACCUAAAAUAGACAAUAUCUGCAACAAUGCUUGUGAAGUCUUCAACUCAAGAAUCAAAGAAGCUAGAGCCAAACCUAUCAUUACACUGUUAGAGGAAGUCAGACUGUAUGCAAUGAGGUCAAUCUCUAGGAACAAAGUGAAGCUUAGUUCGAGCACUGGUAUUCUACCACCUAUACAGCGCAGCAGAUUGGAAAAAAUAAGGAAGGAGUCAAAGAGUUGGGUCCCGAUGUGGUCUGGUGACUCUGAGUACGAGAAAUUCGAGGUUCACGAGUGGCCGACUAACAUGGUUGUUGAUCUGGAAAAUAUAUACAAUAAAAGAGUGGCAUUAUCAAUUAGAGAGUGA